AAUUUUCCACUAUUCUUAUAAUUAUUUAUAACCCAUGACUUACACCGACCGAGUCGUCGCCACGAGGACUGCAAAACCUACUUCUCCCCUAACCCAAAUGGAAUCCUAAACAAGACCUUUCUCUCGCUCUCUCAAUCUGCGUACAUAUAUAGAUUUUCCCCUCUUUCUUCUAUUUCAAUCCCUACUCGAUCAAUUUAACCGGAUAUUCGAGGUUUUAGUUGAAGAGUAUCAGCCAUGUUUAAUCGGCUUUUCGCAAAACCUAGGCAGGAAACAGAUGCCUUGACCACGUUAGACAAAUUAAACGAGACCCUUGAAAUGCUGGAGAAAAAGGAGAAAGUGCUAGUAAAAAAGGCUGCUGCAGAGGUUGAAAAGGCCAAGGUAGCAGCCCAAGGUGGGAAAAAGAAAGUCGCUAUACAAUGUUUGAAGAAGAAGAAGCUGUAUGAACAGCAAAUAGAACAGCUUGGAAAUUUCCAGUUGCGCAUCCAUGAUCAAAUGAUAAUGUUAGAAGGUGCAAAAGCCACCACGGAGACUGUAGAUGCAUUGAGAACAGGAGCAGCCGCAAUGAAGGCUGUGCAGAAAGCAAUGAAUGUAGAUGAUGUGGAUAAGACUAUGGAUGAAAUUAAUGAACAAACAGAGAACAUGAAGCAAAUUCAAGAAGCUCUAUCAACACCAAUUGGAGCAGUGGCUGAUUUUGAUGAGGAUGAAUUAGAGGCAGAACUUGAGGAACUUGAAAGUGCUGAGUUGGAAGAACAACUUCUUCAACCUGCAACGAGUGCUCCUGCAGCUCCAGUGCAGGUUCCUGCAGGCAGGCAACCAGCUCGUCCAGCUGCUCAAAAGCGCACAGAAGAGGAAGAGGAAGAGGAAGACGAACUUGCUGCCUUGCAGAAAGAGAUGGCACUCUAAGGCAUUUAGAUUUAUUUUCAAUGUUCAGACAAUGGGCUGUGUCAAGCUGGGCAAAGAGGCAACAUGCUAGAGAGCAUUUACAACUUUUAGAUAUAUUAUACUAUUUACAUAUCCUACUCCAAUUUCGUGCAUUUAAUUAUUUGACAGCAAUGUACAUAAAGACUGCAUAAACCGCUUCCAUAUUAGUAUUAUGCAUCUCGGAGUUCAGUUGUCCAGUAUCAGAUCUUCCUUUCCUUCUCAUUUACGUAGAGCUUCUUGGCUGAAGAACUCAAUAGUCAAUACCCUAAAUAGCCAUUUCAACCUUUUGCUCUGUUUUUUAUUUAAAUGAGUUAUCAGUUAUAAACUUUCUACACUAUUCCUAUUCCCUAAUAUGAUUGUU